AUGGAUACGCAGCAGUUCGUCCUGGUCCCCGGCCCGUCGGGCGCGCUGCAGCAACACCAGCCCGGGAACCCGGCCGCGGCCGUCAACCGGCGACUUGGCGCGCUCAAGGUCAGGACAGGCUGCCGACUAUGCAAGGCGUCACACGUCAAGUGCGACGAGCAGCAGCCGGCCUGCGGGCGGUGCCAGCGUCGCCGGACGCCAUGCGAGUAUCCCCUCGACCGCCAGCAGGUUCCCCCUCGACCGCGGCGUGAAGACGAUCGUGAUCAUCGUGAUCAUCAUCAUCAUCCGCAGCCACCGCAUGUGCGCAGGUCGAAACAGCAGCAGCAGCCGGUCCUCCGGCCCAUCCUGCCCGCCGGCAGGGCCGGGGUACUCGGAACCACCACCACGCCACGGCGUCUCGUCGAGCCUUUCUGCACGUCCAUGAAGCCCUGGGACGUGCAGUACUUUGACAUGUUCCGGCACCGCGUGGCCCUGCAUCUGAGGUACGGACACGCAGAGCUCUGGCGGCGGACCGUCAUGCGCGAGGCCGCAAGGGACGAGUGUGUCCACAGCGCGAUCUUGGCCCUCGGGGCUCUCGCGCGGGCGCAGGAGGAACUGGGCGGCGCGGCCUCGAGGAUCCCGCUCAUCAAGACUCGCUGGAUGGGCGCGUCAGGCGCAGGUCAUAGCUCGCCUGCGUCUCUCGAGUCUCGUUCCUCCUCCUCCUCGACGAGAGCAACAACGCCUGCGAACAAGACGCGGACGACGACGACGGCAAAGCUAGCAGCAAAGGCAGCAGCACCAGCUCCCACAGUAGCGUCCAUGUCCAAGCACGACCACUACUACCACGCCCUGGUGCACUACACGCGGGCGAUUGGCAAGUUCCGCACGCUCAUCGCCAGGCUGGCCCGCGAGCCCGGUGCGGGGCGUACAAUCCUCAUCGCCACGGCCCUGCUCGUCUCGUUCGAGUCUUUGCAGGGCAACACGGCCGCCGCGGACCAGCUCGGGGCGCACAGCAUCUCCCUGCUGCGCGAGAACAUUGCCCACGGCAGCCUGAGCAGCUCCGGUAACCCUCACGGUACCGAGGCCAUCGCCGAGGCCGGACCCAGCAGCAACAACAACUACAGCACAACCUACCACCGCCACGGCGGCGCCGGCGGCGGCACGAGGUCCAGCACGUCCCUGAUCGCUGCCCCGCUGGACGACGAGGGCGUCGCCGAUGCCGAGGCCGUGCUAGUCCGGAACACGCUCUUCGGCACCGCCUUGUCGCCGUUCUACCCCAAGGGCAGAGAGGUGCUCUUCGGCCUGCCCAUCCCGCGGUCUGGUGGGCCGGAGCCGCCGAGGGCCGACGCCAGCGUCGAGGAGUUUAGCAGGCUGUGGGACCAGUGCGUCAGCUUGUCGGGGAUGUGGUAUCUCCGGAUGCAGAUGGCUGUGCUGAUGGCGGAGAACUCUGGCGGUCCUGCUGGAAGCAGCAGCAGUGGCGGAGGAGGAGUGGGAAGCGGGACGGCGGAAAGCGAGCUAUGGGUAAAGCACUACCAGGAGAGGUGCGAGGUGCGGCGCGUAGUCGGUGCGUGGCAGCAGGCGGUCCGGGAGCGGCUGAUGCUCACCGCGCCUGUUCCCGCUGCCCCAGCGAAGACCAUGUCCGAGAAUCGUGUGGUUGGUGACAAUGAUCCGGUGCGGUCGGGAGAAAAAUGUACGGCAGCGGCGACAGAGCCCGCUAUCAGCGAGACGGGACACGGCAGAUUGCCAGACUGGGACUCACACACCACGGCCGCACGAGAAGCCAAGAGGCGCGAGGCGCACGCCUUCUACAAAGACCUCGCCAUCAGGAUCCACGUCGUGUACUACUCCAUCUGCACCGUCUUCGACGUCUCCGGGAAGGCCUGGGACAACUACCAGACCGCCAUGGCCAACCUGCUCACUCAGGCCGAGGCGGUCGUUCUCGCGUCAGUCGAAAGCACCCGGGGCAGUCGGAAAAGCAGCAGUCCCCCGUCAGCGUCGUCCACGCCAUCUCCGCCGUCGACGAUACCGUUCUCGUCGUCGUCGUCGUCGUCGUCGUUACGGUCAACGCCACAAGCCUCAUCGCCAGCGUCAUCAGCAUCAUCAUCAUCGCCACCACUACCAUCACCAUCAGCUCGGCUAUCCCCACUCCGCGACAGCGCGUUCGUCGGUGAACAAGGCGCGAUCCCCGUCCUCGCCCAGAUCGCGCAGGGCACGCAGAACUCAAAGGUUCGAGCGCGGGCCAUGGAGCUCUGGGGCCAGCUCGUCCACCCCUACUCGCACUGGGACGUGCAGGCGACAUACCUGGCCACCAUGGCCGUGACGCAGGCCGAGGAGGCGCACCGCUGGCCCCCUGUCACGGGGGACAUCCCGCUCGAGAAGCAGUACUUUUGGACUGGCGGCGACUGGAGCGAGGACUAUCGCGAGUUCAAGGUGCGGCUGACGCCGAAAGUACCGGGCGGGGCGGGCGGUGGGGAGAAGAUAGUCACGAUGGCGGCGGUGACGUGA